AUGGACCCAAAUAUCUCGGCAUCCGCUCUGGGUGAGCCACACCACCUGGGCAUCGGCUUCUACCUCCUCCCCUUCGCCACGUUCCUCUGCUUCCUCGUCCCGGUCCUCUACAUCUUCCCCCCCAUCCCGGCCACCACCAGCGACGCCCUACGCUCAACCCACACCAAGAUUGGCGUCUCGCCGCCAAAGAGCAACCUCCGGGACCAGUACUCCGUCAAGGCCGACGCCGGCAGCACUUCCAAUGCCGGCACUGGCACCGGCACCGGGCCCGUCGCCCGGGUCAAGGCGCUCUGCGUCUACCCCAUCAAAUCAUGCCGCGGAAUCGAAGUGACCCGGAGCAAGCUCCUCCCGACGGGCCUGGAAUUCGACAGGCUGUACACUUUCGCGCAGCUCAAGUCCCGCUUCCCGGCCGCCGUGGACGACUCGGCCGAGGCGAAGGACGAACACACCUGGGAAUUCGUCACGCAGCGCCAGUUCCCGCUCCUCGCGACCAUCAAGGUAGACGUCUACGUGCCCGACGCGACCAAGUCCACAGUCUUCAUGGAAAAGUCCUCCGACGCGUGGAUCGUGAUGCGGUUCCCCUGGCGGGAACCGGGGUUCCGGGGCACCAUGUCGUGGGUGGCGUCCAAGAUCCGGGACGGGUGGAGGGGCCAGCCGGAGAUGGAGGUGUUGUUGCCGGUCGAGUUUCCGACGGACGCGGAGAUUGCGGAGCGCGGUUACACGCGCGAGGACGUCAAGGUGUGGAAGGAGGUCGUGCCGGCUCUGAAUAUGGAGAAGGAGUUGCCGGGGGAGCUGUGUCGGUAUUUGGGGGUGAGCAACAAGCUGGCGCUGUUCCGGGUUGAUCCGGGGCAGUUGAGGGAGGUGUAUCGGUGUGCGCCGAGGAAGGAGGAGGCUGGGUAUCAACCUAUUGUUGGAUUCCAGGAUGCUUAUCCCCUGCAUAUCAUGAACAUCAGCAGUCUCCAGGACUUUGACGCCAAGGUGCCCAAGGACGACGAACUCAAGCAUCUCGAUGUCAGGAGGUUCCGGUCCAACAUCAUUGUCUCUGAUGCGCCAGCCUACGAUGAGGAAUCAUGGAAAUGGGUCAACUUCACCCAGGGCACCUCAAAGGUCACUGUCCCGGCCAAAUUCCAAGUCUCGUGCCGUACCGUCCGCUGCAAAAUGCCAAACGUCGACCCAGUAACCGGCGCCCGCCACGGCGCCGAACCGGACCGGUCCCUCCGCAAGCUCCGCGAUGUCGACGAGGGCGCCCCGCGCAUGGGGUGCCUCGGCAUGCAAAUGUGCCCGCUCUUCGAGGGCACCGACCGCGUCGAGUACAUGCAGGCCUGGCUCGAGGUCGGCAUGGACGUAUCCGUGCUUGAGCGCGGCGACCACGUGUACAUCAAGCAGUGA